CCUUUUGUGGUUCUAAAAUAUAGGUUUCCAAUUCCAGACUUGCGUCCCUUACAUGACAUGGACAGAGUCCCUUGGUGGCAGCGUAACCUUCGUAAAGAUCUAUUUAUAGCAGAACUCAGUGAAGCAACAUUGUCCACUACAAUUAGCUCUACAGAUCCUCAGGUCAAGUGGGAGCUGCAGUGUUUUGAUGCUCAUGGUCUUUUUCAGGAAAAUCCAACAGAGCCUCCCAUUUCCUUCCUCAGGGUUAGUGCAGAAUCAGGUGAAGGAAGUGUCAGAGACGAUGGAUUUGAUUGGCCAAGGCUUGUGAUUAAGGUUAGUCCCCUCCAGUCUGUGUCCGUACUAGAGACAGAAGUCCUUUCUGACAAGGAAGAACCAUACAACAGCAACUCCUUUGACUCUUUCAUCUGUCAAGUGGAUGUGGCAGAACCAUCUCCUUUUGCUUCACGACAGGUUGUUUAUGAGACAAAUCAUUACGAUCAUGGAGAAAACAAAGAAAAGCAAAGACAAGAGUCAGGGUCUGAGACUGAUCAGGUUAUUAUGCCUGCAGACAAAACCCAGCUUGCUGAUUUUGUUGAGAAGACUUUGAAUAAUACUCAGAUUUCUCUUGAAUUCUCACUUCCGACCAUCAGCCUUUUCUUUCCCAGCAAACAUUUCUAUGAAGUGUUGUAUAACAGAUUUAGCACUGACCUACUUCUUUGGGAACCAGUGGCGUCUCAGUCUGUUUGUCCCUCUGAACUUAACAUGGGCCAGCCUCAGUUCAUCACCACAGAUCUGACCACUCAACUAGCUAGGGAUAAUGGUGGAGGAUUGCAGACCUUCUCUAUGUGCAAAUCAGCUUUACACUAUGAUUCUAGUUCUGACUCCGAGGAAGGUACUGGAAUGUAUUACUCAGUGUACGAGCACAGGCAACGACAAAAACGCAAACAGUUAAAGGAACAAAAUUCCAAACAGAGAGGUCAAAGCUACCUGUGUCUUUCACUGAAUGUGAAUAAAGGCCUUAUCUCUUUUCAUUCACCUUUGAGGGAUACCAGUCAUAAUGUUGUUCCUGGUCAGCAGGGAGAGUUUCAGCUCCAUUCAGAAGAUGCUAUGUUAUUUGUUGUAUCUCGUUACCUUGGAGACCCAGAUGUAGGUUACUUGUGUGUACAGUCCAACAAAGCAACCUUGUUUCAUAAAGGAAUGUUACCAACCAGCUCUGAACGUGGGAAGUUGAAACCUGCACAGUUAGUGAUUCCCUCACACCUCUACUCUACAGUGUAUCGUUCAGAACCAGGUGUGCUUAUGUCACAGAACAGUGUUGUUGGUGUUGGCGGGGAUAGCUUGGACAUGAUGACUUUAUCAAUAGGAAUUAACUUAGAUGAAGCUCAGGCCAUAAAAACUUUGAAAGUGGCUUUGGGGAUCCAAGGAGCUACAUUACGUCACAGAAUGACAUCUACUCCAGAAAGUUGGCUGACUCAGUGCAUUGACUUCUUUGAUGUAGUUGACUACCCUGUUGCUGGUUAUGUGCCUCCAACUAUUGUUACAGAAUUACAUUUACAUUUAUGGAGCUGUGCUAUUGAUUACAGGCCACUGUACUUACCACUACGAGCAAUGGUAACAAUGGAGAACUUCAGCAUUUCCAGUAAUAUUGUUGCUCACACAACCACAUCAGUUUUGAGAAUCAUAGCUGAAGAAAUGUGUCUAUUUAUUUCUGACAAAGUUGAAACUGAUGCAGUAGAUCUCAAAAAGAAUUAUACUUGUGUGGUUGAAAGUGGAUUGUUUGACCUGUCUUUAAGAAUGACCGACGGAAUGGAUAUGCCUCAACCAAGACUAGACCUUCGAGCAUCAAACAACAUUGUUCACAUCAGAACCUGUGCAGAUUCGUGCCAAGCUCUUCAAAGUCUGCUCACAUACUUUGCUAGUGACGGUGAUCUUACUGAUGAUGUUUCCUCAUCAAGAUCUAGCGAGGUCCCAAUACUGUUUACCAAGCCUUCCACAGAAAGUCCUAAUAAUGUAACUAAAACCCAAGCUGAAAAAGUUCAUGAUUUGAUGGCAGAAGCAAUGGAAGAGUCCAGUGGCUCCAUCUGCAGUUCAGUAGGAGAAGAAUCUCCAACUAGUCCUGUAAGUAAUGACGGAACCAGAAGUAAGGGGAAAAAACUUGCAGAUUCUGGUACAGGAAUUGUGGUAGAUGUGAAUUUGGAUCAUUUUCAAGAUGAAACAGAAGCAGCUGAUGAUGAUAGGUGUGAAGAAGAGGAAGCCAAUGGUGCUGAUGAUGAAUUCUGUAUUUUAGAAAAUGAUCCAGGGAUUGGUAUCACGCCUAAAAGUGGAGAGCCUCAAGUACGAUGUUUAACAACUGAACCGGUUAAAUUGGUGGAGAGUCAUUUUUCUGUUCCCUUGGGUAAAAGUGAUCAACUGCGAGCUCCUAAACACUUUCCACCAGCAGUGUGGCGUUAUACACUGAGGGAAAUGUCAAUAGUGUGGCACAUGUAUGGAGGAAAGGACUUUGACUCUUCUAUUUCAGGAAAAGAAACAGCCAAGAAAACAAGUAGUCAAGAGAGCAUAGACCGGUUAUCUGACAAAGGUAAAGACCAGCCAGACUCACCUAUUACUUCCAGAAGCAGGGGACCAACUAUUCAUUUUCAUCCACAAGGAAUGGGUGUUUCAUUUAGUAAAUUUAGUGGAACUGAUUCUCCUACUUUGGAGACUUACUCUCAAACCUCUCCAAGACACACUCAUCAUUCUGCCAAAAGUUGGUUGACGGAUGGGGGGCCUGGUCGCCGUCACAAUGUCCACAUGGAACUUCGAAUGAAUAAAGUGCGUUUCCAAUAUGAAGUAUACCCUGAAAACUCUGAACAAGCUUCACGGCACGUGUUGUUAAUCCAUGAUGUUGAGAUCAGGGACCGUUUAGCUAGUUCACAAAUUAACAAAUUUUUGUAUCAAUACACGUCUGAGGCUAUGCCGAAACAGUCUCAUGCCAAUAUGGUAGAGAUUAAAGCAGUUCACAUUCGUCCAGAUCUAAAUCUCCAAACUGAAGAAUGUUCCUUAAGGGUGUCAAUUAAACCUCUUAGACUAAAUAUUGACCAGGAUGCUCUAUUGUUCCUUCAAAACUUUUUCUCUGAGAUUGCUGGAGUGUCUUCUAAGACUGGACAUUAUAGUACCUUGUCCAGGUAUCCUCUAUCAACCAGUGAUCAUCAGAGUCCAGUAAUGGGAAUGACUCCACCUGCUUCUUCUGGUCUUACUCCAACAGAACCAGACCAUCUUUUAAUUCUCCUUCAAGAGACAGCUGAAGAAGCCCAGGACUUGAUUCAAGAUGUUUAUGUCCAUGAAAACAAUUUAAUUUCUGCUUCAACUCCAGCCUCUGUACCUUCACGUCCUACAUUUUUCAGAUCUUUCAUUUUUACCCCUGAUGUUCCCAUUAGGCUCGACUAUCAUGGGAAGCGAGUUGAUAUGGAACAGGGUGCCCUAGCAGGACUGUUGAUGGGACUUGGACAACUUAAUUGUUCUGAACUGAGGUUAAAAAGGUUGUGCUAUAGACUAGGGUUGUUGGGAGUUGAUAAACUCUUAGCAUAUGCUUUGUCUGAAUGGUUAACAGACAUCAAGAAAAAUCAACUGCCCAGUCUUCUAGGUGGAGUAGGCCCAAUGCACUCCAUUGUGCAACUGUUUCAAGGUAUCAGAGACCUGUUCUGGCUUCCAGUGGAACAGUACAGACGAGAUGGUCGGAUUGUUCGAGGUAUACAGCGAGGAGCCAGUUCCUUUACAACAUCUACAGCAAUGGCUUGUUUGGAAUUGACAAGUCGAUUUGUAGAAACAAUUCAGAGUGCAGCAGAAUUUACCUAUGACAUGGUUUCUCCUGGGCCUAGUGUUAAGAUGCACCACCGAGGAUUUCGUAGACGAGGAACUCACCCUGCAGAUUUGAGAGAAGGCAUGACAAGUGCAUUUCAUGUUGUUCGAGAGGGUAUCGGAGAUGCUGCUCGCAUGAUAAUGAAGGUGGCUUCAGAAGAGCAUGAACAUAAGGGAGUUUCAGGAGCUGUUGGUGGAGUUCUUCGACAGCUUCCACCAACUGUGGUAAAACCUGUGAUCCUUGCCACACAAGCUACCUCCAACGUUCUUGGUGGGAUGAGAAACCAGCUGGUGCCAGAUGCUCGUAAAGAAGCUGAAGAAAAGUGGAGGAAAGAUCAGAAAGAAGAACAUGUAAUAAUAUAGAACGUUGUUUAGCUGUGUUUUAGGUAGGUGAAGUCAUCAAACACAUAUCAUUUUCCCUAUAAGCAGUCACUUUGUUUUUUUUACUGUCAAACACUUAUUUAGGUCUACGAAAGCAGACUGAUUAUACAAUUAAAAUAUAUAUAAUACUUGAUCCAUUCAGUAUACAGUCACCCCAUUUCCUGCAUAAAACAAGUUUUAAUAAAUAUUCUUUAACAAUUUACAAAACUUUAACUCUGCAUUAUCAACAUAGCUUUAACUUAUUGUGGAACAGAGGAUUACUAGCAAAAUUAUGAGACAAAUUUCAAUAUAAGAUGAAGUUACUGGACACUCAAUGUUUAAAAGAUCAGUUCGAUUAAAAAGUAUGAAACAUAUACAAAUGGCUUUGCGUUUAGUACACGUUGUAAUUUGUACUAUAAAAUAAUAAAUAUAUAGUUAAUUUCUAUCUGAGUCUGUAAUUUCAUCAUUUUUAAAAUGGUACGUCAUAGUUUUUGAAACAUAUUCCUUAGGUAUCUUGAAAGUGAUUAUUCAAAAUUUAAUUUGAAUUGUAACUAACUAAUACCAUUUUGUUUUUGAUCUUUACUAUACGCCCCAUCUUGUUAAAACAUUAUCCGAUAAGCAGAGACCUUCUUUAUGAGUGGACAUAAAAUGUGUAACGUUUUACACAGCAUUAAGGUUAUUACAUUUUUUUUUUAUUGGAAUAGAAUGGGAGCUUCUUUGGAGAUGUGGUUUUUUAUCACCUGUUGUUUAUGGUUUGGUAAAAUAAAACUGUUGUGUGAAGGGUGCUAAAUGUGAAGUACUGAAGUCAAUUGUAAAUAUCAGAAGUUUGUAUUAUAUAUAUACAUAUAAUAAUCUUUUCAAACCUUAGCUUUUGACAAUGUACAGUUACCUAAAUGGUGAAAGUUUUCUAGAUAUUUUUGUGGUUCCUUACUAUUCUCUUCAUGGUGGAGAAAAAUAAGUGGAAAUUUCCCACGCACCCACCCUUUAUUUGAACCCUACAUGCAUCAAACUAAAUAGCUAGAAGAAUUAGUUUUUUUGAAGUGAUAUGUGAAUGUGACACCUACAUAUAAAAUGUUACUACAUUUCCCAAAUAAUGGUAUAUCUGCCGACUAUUGUUUGAUUAGCUAUGAAAUUGAACUUAACUUUUAAGAACUAGCAGGUGUUUUUAAGAGAAGGCCUUCUUAUUCGAAGAUAACCAUUGUUAGAUGUAUCAUAAAAGUGCACAUUAUUUAUCAAAGCUAUUGAAUAAAUUGAAAAAAAAAAAAAACAUUAUCGCUUUUAUUAAACUUUCAGAAAUAAAAACGAUUUGGCAUAUAAAAAUUAAGAAAUUGGAUACACAAAAAAAAACAUGAAUAUGAAGCCCAAUCUGUCAUUCAGUUCACCCAAAUAUAGGUUCACUGUGGUGAGUUAAAGACAACUCAAACACUGCACAUGUUAUUGAAUAUGCAAACUUUAUUUGAUUCUGCGUUUAUUUUCCUUUUUUUUUGGUAACCUGUACAUUGAAACAGGAUUAUCAUAUUGUAAUAUAUUUUAUAUAAUUAGAACUCAUAUGACACAUAUAACAGCAUAUAUAUGAGGUCUUUGCUCCCUCUGUGUUCAAAGCGAGUCAGCUCUGUUGCUUCAUAAACUAGGAAUAUUAGGUUACAUAUUUCUGUGAGUUACUGCUCAAAAGAGUGUAUCAAGUAAACUUGGUAAUUUCAGUAAUAUAUAUAAA